AUAUAGUGGGCGGUGCAACGCGUAACUGCGCGCUGAUCGAUGUGUGAUGCAAGCGGUCUGGUUACGAGUAUUGUUUUUUACAACAAUGGCGGAUACGCUCGAGAUGCAAACGUACAAAAUACAAGAUGCAAACGUACCAAGUAUUGAUUGUUUACCAACUAUAAGUGCCAUCAACCCAAACCAGGAUGAAGAUAGUGAAAGUAUUCGAGACCAUGCAGGCUGGGCAGUAAAAAGAGCAAGAGACGUGAUCAGCAAAGGGCAAAAUGAACUCCCAUUGAAGGAAACUUUUAAAAAGGAUGCUUCAAUUGUUUUUGGAACAAAGUCAAACGCAUUGACAGUUUUGUCUCAGUUAGGUGGAGACCAAAGGCAGCCAAAUGGGAACUAUAGAUUUUGUAUUCAUGAGCAUGUUGUCCCAUUUUUUAUUUUUCUCCAUAAAUUAGUUGAAAGUCUGUUAAGCCCAGAAAACAUUCUUCGAGAAAAAGGGAACAUUUUAAAGUUUUGCCUUGACCAUAUGUCGAUAAAUGAAGAACUGAGAGCCAGAUGGAAUGAACUUAUAAAAACAUCUGAUAUUCCCUCAUCUAUUGCUGUCCUCCAAAGAGUAGUGACCUUUUUUAUUAAGUCGAAGCAACAAAUAUUUCGUGAACAAGAAGCUUUAAAACCAAACAAAAGAAGUGUUGCUUUGCGACAGCAAAUAAGACCCUCUGUUAAAAAAUGUGCUGCAGUAUCCUCCACCCAGACAAGAAAAAACCAAAGCAUCGUAAACCUGAGAUCCAAUUUUAACAGUUCAUCUAUAAAUGCAUUUCUACUCAAUCUGAAAACUCUACCCCAUCAUGAACAGGAAAAAGUAUUGGGCAAACUUCAAGGAAAAGAACUGGCUAAAAUUUUGAAGGCUUUGAAACAGCCAGCAUUCCUGGGAAAAAAAAAAGAAAAACAAAUAAAAAGCCUCCUUGAAGCAGUAAAAGGGGGUCUGGUGUGUGCUAAUAUUGAGGAGGAAUGAUAUAAGGCGGACUUCCAUGAAGGGAUCUGAAUUCAGGUGUACCAAUGAAUUUAACCAGUGCUUUAAAGCCAUUGAUUGUUACCUGGAAAUAUAUAAGGCAAAUAUAAUUAUAAGGUAUAUAUUUUGUUAGGCCCAAUAGUUGUUAAUGUUUUAGUUCGCAAACAUGAUUUACAUUGACUGUUUUAGUAACUGUAAGCUUUUGCAUUGCUGGUCAAUUUACCAUACCACUUCUGUUUUUCACUUAAUAUGUGAACUUUUUGUAUAUAAAUUUGGAAAUAAAUAGGCUUUAAACAAUCGCUUUUGUGAUUUUUUUUACCUGUAU